AUGGUAUUAACAAGAUUGCAACAAAAGCAAUUGGAAGAAGAAAGUAAACGUGAAAAUUUGAUAGAGAUCAAUCCAGUUAGUGAACAAGACAUUGGAAGAGCAAUCGACGUUCGAACAAACGAAAAUUUAUCUGCUCAACAAUCGUUAUCAUCUGGAAUGGCACAGAAAUCGUUGACGAUGCAUAUCAGCAAACAAUUGGAUCAAUUACCGUUAUUUAGUGGAAAGUUGAACGAAAAUGUCAUCAAAUGGCUAAAUGGCAUUACCAAUGAGUUGAAUGUGAUGAAAUAUGAUGAUGAUCAAAAAUUAUCUGUUAUUCAAACGUAUUUGAUGGAUGAUGCGCGAAAAUGGUUCAUUAAUAAUAGUGCAAGAUUAGGUACAUGGCCCAGUUUUUGUGAAGCUAUUGUAAAAACCUUUUCAUCAUCUUUUGCAAAAGAAGUAGCGAUAAACCAAGUGAGCCAGCGACGACAAGGGUUAAAUGAAACCGUGAUGCAUUACUAUAGUGAAAUGAUGGAACUAUUUUAUAUUAUGGAUCAUCAGAUGAGUGAUUCAUUGAAGGUUAGCUAUCUUAAAACCGGAUUAAAACUAUCAUUGAAAAAGGAAGUAUCAAGAAAAAAUCGAGAUACUCCAGCCGAAUUUCUUAAAAUAGCACAAGAAGAAGAAAGUCUUGAUUAUGCGAUCGAUACAGAAGCACAGAAUUUGCAGCUUUCAAGCAUAAAUGAGAAACAAAUAACAAAUAAUUUGACAAUAAUGAGAUCACCGUCACCACUGCAAAACUGUCACUGUGCGCUGUACACAAAAGCUCGAUUUCAAAACGAUACUGCAAAUAACUAUACUAAAACUCCAAUAACGCACCAAGAGUACCAAAUACAACAUUAUCCAGAUCAGCAACAACACCAAAAUUACUGA